UGCACUGACUUUAAGAAAGCAGGGUAGCAGGAGUCAGUCUGCCGCCUUAUCACUAGCACAGCGGUCAUGGAUUGUAUCAAUUUUCACGUCAACGGUAUUCCACAUUCGGUUGGGUCGGAGGUGAGUUCAACCACGAGUCUCCUCGACUACCUCCGGAAUACGCUCGAACUACGGGGCACGAAAUACAUGUGCCUAGAAGCUGGCUGCGGAGCCUGCAUUGUCACAGCUACCAAGACUCCCGACAAAGUUCCUCUAGGUGUCAAUUCGUGUAUGGUAUCAGUAACAUCAUGUCAAGGUUGGGACAUUACAACUAUAGAGAAAGUCGGAAAUCGUUUGGAAGGCUACCACCCUGUGCAGAAGACCCUGGCUGAAAACAACGGGACUCAAUGUGGGUACUGCUCUCCAGGAUGGGUUAUGGCUAUGUAUAGUCUUCUAAAGAAUAAGAAGAUGACAAUGCUUGAAAUCGAACAGUCAUUUGGCAGCAAUAUAUGCAGAUGCACUGGAUAUCGACCUAUCCUAGAGGCCUUCAAGAAAUUCGCCACAGACGCUCCAAAUCCACAGGAACUUCCAGAUAUUGAAGAUUUAAAAAUAUGUGACAAAACUGGUGAAAUUUGCGAGAAACAAAAAUGCGAACACAGCGAUUGGUGUUUCAUUUCUAAAAGCGAAGUGAACACUGAAGUAAAAUGUAUAACACUAUGCGACAAUAGAUUAUGGUAUAGAGUUGGGACACUAGCAGAUGUAUUUGUAAUAUGGCAUACAAGAGGCGUCGAAUCUUAUAUGUUAGUCGCUGGGAAUACAGGAAAAGGUGCCUUUCCAAUAUUAGAAUACCCUAAAGUACUUAUAGAUAUAUCUGGAGUGUCAGAACUCAAAGGGUUUUAUAUAGAUCAGAACUUAAUCAUAGGAGGUGGAAACACGCUCACUGAGGUUAUGAGCAUUUUCACUAGAAUGUCGACGUACGAUUAUUUUGAUUAUCUGAAUGUUCUAAAUGAUCACUUGAAGUUGGUGGCUCACAUACCAGUGAGGAACUUGGGGACGAUUGCUGGAAAUUUGAUAUUAAAAAAUCAACAUCACGAAUUCCCGUCGGAUAUUUAUCUACUUCUUGAAACGGUUGGCGCGCAAAUAACUAUACUUCAAGCACCUGGAUACAGUCGAAUAUUGACAAUGCAGGAUUUCCUCAAAGAAAAUAUGACUGGAAAAAUUAUUUUAAACGUUCUUUUACCUCCACUUAAUAAAUUUCACAAGAUAGUAACGUUUAAGAUAAUGCCACGAUCCCAAAGCGCCCAUGCCAUUGUACAUGCUGGUUUUAAUUAUAAAAUAAACACGAUGGGCGUAGUGGUGGCUAGCAGAAUAGUAUACGGAGGUCUGUCUGCCGUAUUUACCAGAGCUUGGAAAACUGAAACAUAUCUUCUUAAUAAAAAAAUAUUUCAAAAUGAAACACUACAAGGUGCCUUAAAAGUAUUAAAUAAAGAACUUGUUGUUACGGAACUCCUGCCGGAGCCUCCUGUUGAGUAUAGGAGACAAAUGGCUUUGUCUUUGUUCUAUAAGGGUCUUCUUUCACUGUGUCCCCGGGACAAACUGAACCUUCGCUAUCGAUCCGGAGCUGUAAAGAUACAUGAAACUCGACCGGUGUCGGACGGCAAACAGAUAUUUACAACUAAUCCAACUAUGUGGCCUGUAAACAGACCUUUUCCGAAACUUGAUGCUUUAAUUCAAUGUGCUGGAGAGGCCAAAUAUACAGAAGACUUGCCCUCUUUACCGGGCGAAGUAUUUGCGGCAUUCGUUCUUACAACUGUUGGCCGCGGUACAAUAGACAGGAUCGACCCGAGUGUUGCUUUAAAAGAACCAGGAGUUAUUGCUUUCUAUUCAGCCUCUGAUAUACCUGGCACAAAUAAUUAUACCCCACCAGCAAGUAUAUUUUAUGUAGUAGACGAAGAAUUACUUUGCAAUGGAGAAGUUAAAUACUAUAAUCAACCUCUUGGUAUUAUUGUUGCUGAGUCACAAAAGUUAGCUGAAAAAGCAGCUGCUUUAGUUAAAGUAAAAUACAGUAACGUCAGAAAACCAGAAAUCGAUAUAAGAAAUACAAUAAAAGAUUCAACUAAAGUCACCUUGCUGAAAGCUUUCGAUGCUACUAAAAUAGGAACUGAAGUAUUUAAAGUAAUAAAAGGCGAAAAUACAAUUUAUGGACAGUAUAAUUUUUGUAUGGAAACAUUAGUAUGUGUCACACAACCAACUGAACAAGGAUUAUUAGUGUAUGCUUCGAGUCAAUACAUAGACUUAGUACACAGAACCGUUUCCAAGCUUUUAAACAUUGAUCAGAGCAGGAUAGAUGUAUUUGUCAGACGUCUUGGAGGUGGUUAUGGAUACAAAAUAUCCCGAGCUUCGCAAAUAUGUGGUGCGUGUAGUCUUGUGGCCUUCAAACUCAAUAGACCUUGUCGAUUUAUUCAGUCCCUCGAUCACAACAUGAGAGCUAUAGGCAAACGAACCCCGUGUGCUUCAAACUUUGAGGUAGGCGUCGAUAAAAAUGGAAAAAUACAGUAUUUAAAUCAUAGCUUAUAUGACGAUAAUGGAUAUAUUGUUAAUGAGCCUCUUCUGAUGCUCGGAGUCGAGUUGUAUUCAAAUGUUUAUAACAAUGAGGCUUGGAAUCAUAGGUCUCUUAAUGCUGUCACUGAUACGGCUUCUAAUACUUGGGUUCGUUCACCUGGUACUCUGGAACAUAUAGCAAUGGCUGAAUCAUUAAUGGAACGAAUUGCAUAUGAAAUGAACUUGGACCCACUCGAGGUUCGUCUAACUAAUCUAGACCUCGUUAAACAUGGUUCUGUUAAAGAAAUGUUAGAUACGUUGAUAGCUGAUUCACAAUACACAGAGAGAAAAGCUGCUGUAGAAAAAUUUAACACCGAUAAUAGAUGGAAGAAACGAGGGUUGCGAUUCUCAUUCCUUAGAUGGGAUCCAGUAGGUAGCAUGUACUUCGAUAUCACUUUGUCAGUUUAUAGAGAUGAUGGCACUGUUGCUAUCACUCAUGGAGGAGUCGAAAUGGGUCAAGGAAUCAAUACAAAAGCCAUCCAAAUAUGUGCAUAUUUUCUAAAAAUACCAGUAGAAAAAAUUCAAAUAAAACCUAAUGACACUAUGAACACACCGAAUACUUACCCCACCGGUGGUAGUAUAGCUUCACAAAACGUUGGAAUCGGGGUUCGAAAAUGUUGCGAAGAAUUAUUGAGGAGAUUGGAACCGGUAAGAAGUCAAAUGGUUAAUCCAACGUGGGAGCAACUAACGAAAAGAGCAUUCGAAAUGGAUAUAGAUUUACAAGUUCAUAGCUUCGUUAAUACUGCUGAUGUACAAAUGUACAAUAUAUAUGGUGUAACAUUGGCUGAAGUUGAAAUAGACGUCCUGACAGGAGAGUGGGAGAUUAUAAGAGUUGAUUUAAUAGAAGAUGUCGGACAAAGUGUCAACCCUGAACUGGAUGUUGGCCAAGUGGAAGGUGCGUUCAUCAUGGGGGUGGGUUACUGGACUACGGAACAAUUGGUCUAUGAAAGAAAUACUGGAGAACUGCUCACUACUCGUACUUGGGAUUAUUGGGUUCCGCAAGCAAGAGACAUUCCACAGGAUUUCAGAAUAUACUUCAGAAAGCUAUCCUACAGCACUGAAGUUAUUCUUGGUGCUAAGGCAAGUGGUGAACCAGCAACGUGUAUGGGCAUAGUAAUAGCUUUUGCAAUGCGAGCAGCUAUAGCAGCUGCAAGGGCUGAAUCUGGUUUUCCUUCUACUGAAUGGUUCCAGAUAGAUGGUCCAUACACCGUGGAUAAAAUUGCCUUUCACUGCAAGAAUAAACUGGAAGAUUUUAAAUUCUAUUAAAUUAACCUUUUUAAAAAUUAAAUCUUUAAAUAUUAUAAUAAUAAAUAUAUGGAUAAAUACUAAAAUGUUAAGAAAACAGCUACUAAACUUAACACUACGCAAUAAUAUUUAUUUCUUAAAUUAA